GAAGAGCUGUAUCCACUAUGAGACAAGCAGUUAGCAUCUACUUUGUCCCAAAUCACCUUGGUUUCAAUCAUAUCAGCAGGGAUACUGUUAUCCAUGACCAUACCAGACCCCUUGCCAAAGAACUGUUCUCUCCCACCCUCAACCAGGCCAUAUUAGUGCUGGAUGGAACAUAUAUAUAUGUUCAAAAGAGUUCACAGUUUUCCUUUCAAAGGCGGUCAUACAGUUUGCAAAAACAAAGGCAUCUACUGAAACCAAUGAUGAUUGUCACAACCACAGGUUACAUCGUAGCUGCCAUUGGACCAUAUUUAGCUGACGGAAAGAAUUCUGAUGCAAACAUUUUAAAACACAUCAUUGGUACAGACACUCAAGAAAUUAAGACUUGGCUCCAGGAGGAUGAUAUCAUGAUAGUUGAUAGGGGUUUUAGGGAUUCUGCAGGUGUGUUAGAAAAUCUGGGAAUUCAUAUGGAGAUGCCUUCUUUUUUACAAAAAGGCCAGAGGCAACACUCCACAGAGGAUGCCAAUAGCUCUCGUAUGAUCACAAAGAUACGAUGGGUGGUAGAAUCGGUGAAUGCCAGAAUUAAGACGUGGCGGUACUUGGCAAGACAACUCCCUAAUUCCCAGAUCCCAUAUGUUGGUGACUAUGUGCGAAUUAUAAGUGCAAUCUGCAACAAAUACAGGCCCCCUCUAAGCAGUGGAAAAGAGAAUGAUUUCCAAAUUGCAACGAAGAUGCGGUACCUCUCUACCCAGACAAAUCGACUGCAGGCAGAAGUAGAGUCAGAAAAUCUAGUGAAGAAGCGAUAUCAUUGGAGGAAGAUUGAUGAUGAGGAGAACACCAUUACUGACUUUCCAAAGUAUACAGAGGAAGAAAUUCGGGAAUUGACUCUUGGUGUGUAUCAAAUUAAAUUGGCAAAAUUUUACACCCAGGAACAUGUGAACCAGGAUGGAUUUGAGAUAUGGGUUGAUCAAUUCAAACCAGGCCUCCUUGCUGCCAAGAUCCAAAGUAGACAUAUCUCAAGCAAAUGCUAUCUGUGCUGGAUUAAGUUUGAGGAUGGUGUCGUGACCUCUUGGUAUUGCCGUUGUAAGUCGGGAGCGCGAGUAGUUGGAACCUGUGCACACAUUGCCAGUGUUAUUUGGUACUUGUCUUUUGCUAGAUACUCUGAUGUGAUCAACCUUGAAUUAGGCAAGAACUGGCUAGACAAUGUAUGUGAUGCAGCGCACAUUCCAGAGAUAGUUGACGAAAGCGACAGUGAAACCGAAGCCACUGAGGAAUAAAGACAAGAAAGCGUUAACUUAUUGAUUGUAUAUUUUAAAAUUAUGGUUAUUCAUUUAGAUUGACAGGUGAUUAUUGGAACUUUUUCUUGUGUCCCUUGCCCUUUUCAAAAUGUAUAAAAAAGUUAAUAAUUUCAUAUAUAGUUCUUUAAACAGUGUGAGUGUUAUGUCCAGUGUGGUUAUAGGCAUGUAAUCUCCUUUUUCCAGAUAUUUUUGUUUAUAUUUUUCAUAUAGUUUGUUAAAUAUGUAAUUAUUUUAAAUCUUCAGAGCUAAAAAAUACAUAGACAUAGCAAAUUGUUUCUGUAUUUGAAGUUUUUAUAGUUGAACUCACACUUGUUUUAUAUUUAAAAUGAUGAUUUUUAUGUACAGCUACAAUUUGAACAGUUUUACACUUUUCAAUCUUUAAUAUAUAAAACAAGAAAAGCAAGUCAUCUUAUACCUUACAGAGUUUUAGAAGAUCUUAUUCUCAAAAGAAAUAAAAUGGUAUUUUUAUGUGAAUUUAUGUUAGUUGUUUUGCAUAGCUUUGCAAGUUUCCUGUUUAUGAGUUAGAAAAAUGUUUCAAUUUUUUUUUGUCAGUGGUGCACAUUCAAAGAUCCAUUUAACGUGCAAAGUCAUCAUAAGCCAAAAGAAAGUCCUCAAUUGACAUUAGUAUCAUUAUAUCCUACACAUAAAAUUUCUUUAUCUUUAAUUUUGCUGCACAUUGUUAUCUUUAAAACAAAUAUUACCGAAUACU